GGCCGCAGGCGCAGGCCGGGCUGACAGCCGAGACGCCGGCGCGGGCGGCAGCUCCCGGACCCAAUAUGCGCCCCUCGCGGAGAGGCAUCUGGCUGGUUCUGGCCGCGUCGCUCCUGCAUGUGUCCCUGCAAGGCGAGUUCCAGAGGAAGCUCUACAAGGAGCUGGUGAAGAACUACAACCCCUUGGAAAGGCCGGUGGCUAACGACUCUCUGCCGCUCACCGUGUACUUCUCCCUCAGUCUCAUGCAGAUCAUGGACGUGGAUGAGAAGAACCAAGUUCUCACCACCAACAUUUGGCUGCAAAUGUCUUGGACAGAUCACUACCUGCAGUGGAAUAUGUCAGAAUAUCCGGGCGUGAAGACCGUGCGCUUUCCAGAUGGCCAGAUCUGGAAGCCAGACAUUCUUCUCUAUAACAGUGCCGACGAGCGGUUUGACGCCACGUUCCACACCAACGUGUUGGUGAACUCCUCUGGGCACUGCCAGUACCUCCCCCCAGGCAUAUUCAAGAGCUCCUGCUACAUCGACGUGCGCUGGUUUCCUUUUGACGUGCAGCAGUGCAAACUGAAAUUCGGGUCCUGGUCCUAUGGAGGCUGGUCCCUGGACCUCCAGAUGCAGGAGGCAGACAUCAGCGGCUACAUCCCAAAUGGAGAAUGGGACCUUGUGGGAAUCCCCGGCAAGCGCAGUGAGAAGUUCUAUGAGUGCUGCAAGGAGCCCUAUCCGGACGUCACCUUCACAGUGACCAUCCGCCGCAGGACCCUCUACUAUGGCCUCAACCUGCUCAUCCCCUGCGUGCUCAUCUCCGCACUGGCCCUUCUGGUCUUCUUGCUCCCUGCAGACUCUGGGGAGAAAAUCUCCCUGGGGAUAACCGUUUUGCUUUCUCUUACUGUCUUCAUGCUGCUGGUGGCUGAGAUCAUGCCUGCGACAUCUGACUCAGUGCCCCUGAUAGCCCAGUACUUCGCCAGCACCAUGAUCAUCGUGGGCCUCUCUGUGGUCGUGACAGUGACCGUGCUGCAGUACCACCAUCAUGACCCCGACGGCGGCAAGAUGCCCAAGUGGACCAGAGUCAUUCUCCUGAACUGGUGUGCAUGGUUCCUGCGCAUGAAGCGGCCGGGGGAGGACAAAGUGCGCCCCGCCUGCCAGCACAGGCAGCGGCGCUGCAGCCUGGCCAGCGUGGAGAUGAGCGCGGUGGCGGGGCCCCCGGCCACCAACGGCAACCUGCUCUACAUCGGCUUUCGGGGGCUGGACGGCAUGCACUGCACUCCCACCCCUGACUCGGGGGUCGUGUGUGGCCGCCUGGCUUGCUCGCCCACGCACGACGAGCACCUCCUGCACGGCGGGCAGCCCUCUGACGGGGACCCGGAGCUGGCCAAGAUCCUCGAGGAGGUCCGCUACAUCGCGAACCGCUUCCGCUGCCAGGACGAAAGCGAGGCCAUCUGCAGCGAGUGGAAGUUCGCGGCCUGCGUGGUGGACCGCCUGUGUCUCAUGGCCUUCUCGGUCUUCACCAUCAUCUGCACCAUCGGCAUCCUGAUGUCGGCUCCCAACUUCGUGGAGGCUGUGUCCAAAGACUUUGCUUGAUCUGUCUUGGUCCCCAGCGUGGAGGAAAUGCACAGAUAGGCAAAUGUCUUUGGUAAGACUUUGGGGUGCUAAUCCCACAUUCCUCGUGUGGACGUUUCUGUUGGUAGUCAUCUGUUUCCUGGUUAUGUUCGGUAGUAGCAUCUUCACCCGUUUUUGUUGAAUUCUUUCAGGCUGGCUGUUUGAUAGGCUUGUAGCAACCCCAAGGUCAGCCAAGGUCAGUGAGCCCCUGGGAGCCCAUUUGCUGGCGGGAGACUCCCUGGUGAGCCCUUCAGAGAGGUUGGGGGAUGCUCAGGACUGUAUGUGGGUUUGCAUGCCUGCAUGUAUGUCACUUCAGUGGAGGCCUCCGUGGGAGUUCAGUAUAUACCUUUGCCUCCUACAAACCCAGAUGGAAACUUCUAACAAUAAACCAAGCUCACAGAAUCUGUUCCAAUAAGGGACUGUUGAAAGGGGGCAACAAACUAGGCUAAACACUUUUACACUUCUCAGAUGGCUUCUCAGAAAUUCAGAUUUCAGAUUUAUUUUCUCUACCCAAAGACAGUUGGUAGGAAGUUUUAUGUUUCUGUAGUAAAACAAUCAAACAAACAACAAAACGGACGCGAAAUUGGUCUUGUAAACUGUGCUUUUGCCAGCCUGAUUUCUGUAGCCCUGCUCUGUCAGGGGAGUCGAAACAGGUGUGCAUUCAUUCUGAACCAGGACCCGUGCAGUCAGGGGGCUUCUGCAGGCAGACCCCUGGUGGUCCCCAAGCCUCCUGCACUGCCCCCAGGCCCUGGAGAAGUGGGUGAGUCUCUUCUAUUUUGCAAACCCAGAGGAAAAAUCGAGUUCUGUUAGAAUUAUUAGUCUGAUCGAAGAAUUAAAGCUAAAUUAAAAUAUGUGUUUUUUAAAUAA